ACCUUGUGUAAUUCACACAAUCAAAGCUGUUCAAUGUGUUCAAUGUUUAUGUUUGCUGUAAAGCGUCCACAAUACAACAGAAAACCAACAGAAAACAGUUGCUAAAAUUACUUUGAAACAAGUUUAUCCAACUAACUGCACUCCAAUGGAUAUCUGCCGAUUAUGUGCGAAAGCAAAUAGUGAAUUGAUGUCUCUGUUUGCUGUUAGAGAUAGAAUAACUGUGGCUGAAAGGGUUUGUUUUGUUACAUCGAUUGUGAUUGAUGAAGCGGAUUGUUUACCCCAGCAAGCAUGUAUGGACUGUAUCGAACUUACAAUUGACGCAUACAAUUAUGUAAACCGUGUUCGUUACGCAAAUGAUCUUUUGAACAAAUCGGUGUCCAAAGAAGAAACUCGAAUCAGCAAUUUUGAUCAAUUAAACAAUGUGUUAACUGCAUCAAUCAGCAGUGAUGAAACAGUUAGCAAAGAUGAUUCAGAAAACGAAAAUACUCAAGAGUAUGUUUACUCGGAAGCAGAAGAAACACCUGUUCCCGAAGCGGCUACCUUGGAAGACUCAAAACCUCAACCAGAAUCAACAUCCGGUAAACUUAUUAGCCUUCUUGUAGAGUCCAUUCACGAUAAAGGGUCUGAGAAAUGGUUGAAAAUAAAGCUUGACCCGGACGGCGCACAAGUACUUGAACAUUCCGAAAAUGAGGACAGCACAGAUGUAGAAGAAGCUUCAUUUGAACCCCAACAUAUUGACCUAACCACUGCAUUAAAUAUCAAUGACAACCAAAUAAUUAGAUGCUGCAUAAGGAAAUGUCAACUAAAAUGUCGAACACGUGCCGAACUGCUACGUCACGGAGCGGAAGUACACGCCAGUAACAGAACGGUUAACGAUCCUAAUCGACUGUUCGAGUGCGUUGUAUGUUACCGACGUUUUGAAACCAGAACAAAUCUUGUGCACCACUUGAAGAAAAUGAUACGGGACUAUUGUUGUUACAUUUGUAAUAGUUAUUUUGAUACACCAAAAGAUAGAAACAAUCAUAUUAAAAAUUCUCAUCAAAACAUUACUAGAGUAGUUCCAACCUAUCGCUUAGAAGAGCAGCCCAUCAAAAUAUGCUGCGGCUGUGAAGCCACAUUUAAGACUGUUGAAGAACUUUUCCAACACGGCGUCGAUGUGCAUCAGCACCAGUAUUCCUAUGCCAAUGAUGGCCGAGAAAUCCAAUGUAACAUUUGCUACCAAUAUUUUAAAUCGAACAUCACAUUACGAAACCAUCAGAUCUUAGUAUACAAGCCAAAGGUUUUCUUUUGUCCCGAAUGUGAUAAGGCUUUUGAAUGCCCGUCGAAACUAGCUAAUCACACAACAACGCAUCGAAUCGAACGGAAUUACGCUUGCGAAGUUUGCAACAACUGUUUCAAAACACCCGCCGAUCUGCGCGGUCAUAAACGAAUUCACCAAGAAAAGGCUCUAAUCUGCAAUGUGUGCGGUUCGCGGUUUCAUAAAAAAUCCCAACUAAAGUCGCACUUAAAAACCCACGACGAUCAAGCAUACGAAUUCGCCUGCAGUAUAUGCUCGAAACAAUUCAAGGAAAAGUCGAACUGGAAGAAUCAUCUGAAGGUUCACACUAAGGAAACUCCUUUCCAGUGUCAGUACUGUGACAAAAGAUUUCGCUACGGCAGCGACAGGAAGCGUCACGAGAUCAGCCACACCGGGAACUAUCCGCACAAGUGUUCCACUUGUGGUAAGGCUUUUAUCCGGGCCAACCAGUUGAAGGUACAUGAACGCGUUUGUUCAAUGGCAGCUGAUAAUUCCUAGCGCAAUCAUUACUCCCAUCCGCCACCCGGAAGCACGCGCCCUUAGGUUGUCAAAGCUGAAACUACUUUUUGGCUCUAUCUUGAAUUUGGUUCUAUAAAGCUAUAAGAUUGGAGCUCAACCACCAAGCCCAGGGGGAUUCAUCCCAUGUAGGUAUUUCGGAUCUAAAAGAAGUUUUUCAGGUUGGUCUUUAAAUGUUUACUUUUAUUUAACGAAUACAAUUACGGUUACACUGAUAUUCAUAAUGUUUAUUCACUAAGGUUCAUAUUGUUAUCCUUUAUAGUUGUGUUUCAAUUUUACCUACUAUAAUCGGUAGAAUAAUAAUUUAUCUUUCAAGUAUUGUAAACUUACAGAUAUCUUUCAUUCAGUUAAUUUUAACACAUCACAUGGAUACUUUUUUCGUUUGUUUUGCGUUUUGCGCUGUAUCAUGUCAAACUCUUUGUUUUUUUUCGCUCCCAUUAUUAGCAUGUUCUUAUCAAAUGAUUUCUGUGUGUCACCAGUUGCUUCAUCGAUUGUGUGCACUUCACUCGGUUAUACUUCUAUUCAUAAAGAAUUCAUCUCAAAAUUACUGCUUUGCGCAAAUGUUUUGUUUCAUCUCUAUUCCGAUCCCAUUCCGUCUUGUAAUAGUUAAAGCAUUUUUGUGUAUGUUUUUUUUUUUAUUUCAUGUAGUUAGAUUGAUUCUGUAUGUUGAAGACUGUGUCUACAAAUGGGUCAAAGUUCAAACAUUUGCCGAAAGGCAAAAUAAGAAAAUAUAUCGUCUCAUCUAUACUUAUUACACUUAGCUGCUACUUCAAUGUUGUUUCAUUUUGAUUGGUCACAUUUGAAUGUAUUUGCUUGAUUUUCAUGUUCCAUUCCAUGUGUAAUUGUUUGAUAUAUUGUGUAUGAGAAAAAGUUGCCACCUACCCAGCAGUCUAGGUUUUGAUCUAAUUAAUCAAACACACUCAUGUAUUUGCUGAAACUGAAGUACGUUUAGGAUAUACCAAGUUCGCGUUAGUGGUAGGUAUGAUGUGUUUGGCUAUUUUUUUUUUUCUUACUGUUGUUGUUGUUAUGGAAAAUGCAUUGAUCGGAGUGUCUUGUUCGAAACGCAAUCCUUAUUUUCAAAAGAAGCGUUCAACAUCGUUGAAUAUAGUAGUAUAUAUAUGUACGUGUUUUUAUAUGUCAGCGUUAUAAGGUACAACCAUUUAAUCAGAACAUUGUAGUCUUUCGUAUAUUAAUUUCUUUAUUACAUCACUACCCAUUUUGGCGAAGAUUUAAAGUUAUGGUGGAAAAGACUGGUUCAUUCGUAUGCUUAAUAUCGGUUUCAAUGUGAGGGAAGAUAAAAGACACGUAUAAUAAGACGUAGAAUAAACGGUUGUCAAGAGGAACAUGAAGCAAUAGGAGAUAAAUUGGACAAUUUUGUUGCUUUGCAAUACAUUU